AUUUGGAUGAUUCUCUCCACCCCCCAAAACCCAUUGGCUUUUCCCAAGCCUUUAGUGGGAACCCUCUAAUUCAUUAUUGUAAAGCACAGCACUGUCUUGAUCGGCGUCAGUGUCAGUGCAGCCCCAGCGCAGAGGAAUUUCACUGCAGACAUCAUGGUCAGAAUCAGCAACAUGUUGGGAAUUGUCUCUUGCGUAUGCGUAGUAUUGCUGCUGGGGUCAGAGAUCUGCAUAGCAGCAAGGCAAGAACUGAUAGUUACCACUAUAAAGCAAGACCCCUACACAAUGAGCAAGGGCUCGCAGUUGGAAGGCUACUGUAUGGAUCUGCUGACAGAGCUGGCUAAGAAACUGGGUUUCAAAUACAAGGUUCACCUGGUGAAGGAUGGAGCAUACGGCCGGCAGGAUGAAAGUGGAAACUGGAACGGAAUGAUUGGGGAGGUUGUUAGAGGGGAAGCUGAUCUCGCCGUUGCUCCCCUCACUCUCACUGCUGCCCGUGAGAAGGCUGUGGGAAUGACAAAACCUUACAUGCAGACCGGAAUCAGUAUCCUCCUCCGCAAAGAUAUCGUUUCUGAAGAGGCCGGGUUUUUUGACUUCCUCUCCCCCUUCUCUGGGGAGACCUGGUUCGGCAUCCUGAUUGCAUACUUUGUGACUGCAGUCUGCAUCUGCAUUGUGGGAAGAUUGAGUCCAUGUGAAUGGAGUCAGCCUGAGACCGAGCCAAAUCGCUUCACUCUUCUUCACAGUUUGUGGUACGCUGCGGGAGCCCUAAGCCUGCAAGGUGCAGGCCCUCACCCUAAAGCUGUGUCAGGAAGGGUUAUCAGUUGUACCUGGUGGUUGUUUGCUGUCGUGCUUCUGGCCUGUUAUUUUUCCAGCCUUAGUUCCUCUCAGGGGGCCGACUCUGAACCGCUCAUGAUUAAAGGUUUCGAGGACUUGGCUAAUCAGGACGUAAUAGAAUAUGGAACACUUUCCGGCUCCUCUACCCUCGCUUUCUUCAAGAACUCAAAUAAUCCAGCUUACCGUCGCAUCUACGAGCACAUGGAGCGGAGAAAGAGUUUCGUGUCCUCCAUGGAUGAGGGUGUCCAGAGAGCAAAGGAAGGAAACUAUGCUUUUAUUGGAGAAUCCGUGUCCUUGGACUUGGCUGUGGCACGGCAUUGCGAGCUGGUCCGGGCACAUGAGGUUAUCGGGAUGAGAGGUUACAGCAUUGUAACUCCUCUUGGAUCUCCCAUGCUGAAGAACCUGAGUGUGGCCAUUCUGCAGUUGAGUGAAGCUGGUGAGCUGGCGUAUCUGCGCACUAAGUGGUGGGCCAGCAGCUGUAUACCGGAUAGUGCCAAAGGCUCGUCUCUGAGGGCCCAUAGCAUGAAGGGCAUCUUCCUGGUUCUGGCUAUAGGCCUUGGGAUUGGAGUGCUGCUCUCCUUGUUUGAACUCACCUCAAAGUCUCGCAGCACUGCAGGGGAGCAAAAGAAAUCCUGCUGCACAGUUUUGACUCAGGAGCUGAGCCAGCGUUUGAGAAUGACCAACACAAAGGGAGACCAGGAAACUUCAGACAAAAACAAGCCAUAAAACGCUCAACAACAGUGAUGUAAUAUGCAAGUCUUACAUAGCAGAAUGACUUUACUGUUCAUAGGUUUGUACAUUAUCUGGCGCUAGGCAUUAUUACUAUUUCCCACGUUAGAUAAUCCUAUAUUUUUUUUUAACAUUUUAUAUUUUAACUGAUUUAUAUAGAUGUACUUAAAUGCAGAGAUUUUAAUACAUUAAAUAAAGCUACUUGUCUGUUCAGUGAAGAUGUUGCAAUGAGACACAUUUUAAGUUAAAUCUUGGAGCAAAAUCUCUGUAUUAGAUUAUUCUCAUGCAUUCCAUCUUGAAACAGAUUUUUAGACCAGCAUUAUGAGUCUAAAUCUUAAAUAUGAAAUCUAUUUUGCUAAUGAAUGACAAAGAUAGCAGACAACUGAACAAAGAGUAAAUUUGAUUUUAUGUUUGUUAACAAAUUCUGUACACCAGAGGAAAUGCAAGGAAAAUGUCUAUGAAAAAGUGAAACAAGUAACAUAUUACAGUUGUUUUGUAAUCCAAACAUGGGAAAAAUACAUAAAAUUAUGUAAAAAAAAAAACUCUUACGGUCACAAAAAGGUAUGCAUUCUGGCACCAUGUAUAUUAAUGAAUUAAUAAACCUGAUUUAACACA